CUGUUUGCUAAUACCUUUUUAAUACAUAAAAUGUCAACGAAUACAAUGAAAAUGUUACAAUAACGUAAUUUAGAUGUAGAAGUAUCAUGUUUUGAGGAUAAAUUAUAAAUAUCCCCAUCAAAAUAAAAUAAGGAAAAUUCACAUCACAUAAAGUCAAAGACCUGUGAUAUGAGUGAUCUUAUAAAAUUGUUAAAUAAAGUAGAGAUACAAAAUACUUAAUAAGAAGGUAUUAAUAAUUAAUAGAUUUAUAGAAUAAAUGGAGAUAGAAUAAGAUAGUACUCCAAAGAAAUAAAUUCAGCAAGGAAAGACGUGUAGAUACAUUCCUUUAAGGAGUGGAUAGAAAUAGACUUUAAUAGAGGAAUUCUAAUAUAGAGAGAUUUAGGAUGAAAACUAAGAAGAUAAGAAAGGAAGUGAAUAUAAGGAUUAAGGAACUGUUUCAUUAAAAGAUAUUUAUAAGAUGCAUGUAUUUGGAUAAGGAUUGUAGAGUGAAUAGUUGCAUUGGGAAUCUAAGAAUAUAAUGAGAUUCAAUGAUAACACUCCUUAGAAAAGAAAGAUUUUAUAAGAUAUAAAUCCAUCAGUGUUAGAGACCUAUAAUAAUUUGAUUGAAUAUAGAGAAUAAUUCUAAAAUAGUAUGGAUUAUUAAUACAGUCAUAGAAAGAUAAGUAAGGUACCAUUUAAAGUAUUGGAUGCUCCUUAAUUAUAAGAUGAUUUUUAUUUAAAUUUGAUAGAUUGGAGUUCAUAGAAUGUCUUAUCAGUAGCAUUAUCAUCAUGUGUUUAUUUAUGGUCAGCUUAUAAUAAUAGAGUAACUAAAUUUUGUGAUUUUGGUAAUAACGAUGUAGUUUGUUCAUUAAUAUGGAGUCCAAUGGGUAAUUAAUUGGCAAUAGGUACUGGUUCAGGAGAGAUUCAUAUAUAUGAUUAAGAGAAGAUGAAGAGAAUGUAAAUAAUAGAAGGACAUUCAGCAAGAGUAGGAUCAUUAGCAUGGAGUGGACAUGUAUAAAUAAUGUAUAUAUUUUAAUAGACUCUUUGUUCUGGAUCUAAAGAUAGAUCAAUAAUACUUCAUGAUCCAAGAUAGAAAAGAUAGACUGGCAAAUUUGAAGGACAUAAAUAAGAAGUUUGUGGUUUGAAAUGGUCGCCAGAUGAAUAUCAACUAGCAUCAGGUGGAAAUGAUAAUAAAUUAUUUGUAUGGAGAGUUGGUUCAUAGAUUCCAUUAGCUAAAUUCAGUUAACAUUAAGCUGCUGUUAAAGCAAUUGCAUGGUCUCCUCAUAGACAUGGAUUAUUAUCAUCAGGUGGUGGAACUGCUGAUAGAACUAUUAGAUUCUUUAAUACUCUAACUACUUAAUAAUUAGAUUGGAUAGAUACUGGAUCUUAAGUAUGUAAUCUUAUGUUCAGUAAAAAUGUUAAUGAAUUUGUUUCUACUCAUGGUUAUAGUAUGAAUCAAAUAGUCUGUUGGAAAUAUCCUUCCUUAUAAAAAGUAAUCAUUUCUAUAUUUAUUUUAGGUAACCACUCUUAUGGGACAUACUUCAAGAGUUCUAUUUUUAGCUAUGUCUCCAGAUGGAGAAACUAUUGUAACUGGUGCUGGAGAUGAAACUCUUAGAUUCUGGAAUGCAUUCCCAAAAAAAGAAGAAGCUUAACCAACCAAUACUAUCUUAUUACCUUAAAUGAUUAGAUGA